AUGGAUAUCCGAGCCGACAUCUGCCCUACUUUCAGUACUUUCAUGACCUGGGCCAUUUCUCAUGGCAGACAUCGUUGCAAUCUUCGACACCCAUCGUACAGAUAUCUUGAGCGGCCAAAGCAGAAAGCAUCCAGUCCUCAGCCAGCAAAUGAAGAGCCUAAACCGCGACAACCAAAUUCUUACGCAACCGUCUUAGCGAAAAACAAACCUCCAGAACCUAAAAAAUUUUUCGUCGACUUACGUAGCGACCUUAUAACGAAGAAUACUUUGGAGGAAGAAUGGCCAGCUCUUGGAUCGCCUGAACAAGGACUGCCUAUCAAAGGUCCGGACGAGAGAUCCAAAGCUACGGCGGAUCAACUUGAAAACGAUAGAUUAUUCGCAGAAAUACAAGAUAGCGAAUACACGCAGUUUAGCGAGUAUGACGAGAACGACGAAGAUAAUUACAAUCCAGAAGAACAGAAUGAAAAAACUUCUGGAGAGAACGAAGAAGAUAAUUACAAUCAGGAAGAAGAAAGUUAUGAUGACAACGACGGAGAUAAUUGCAAUCCAGAAGAACAGGAAGAAGAAACUAAUGAAAAGAACGAAUUUCGUUUGACGGGCACCACGAGAUAGAGCUAACCCAUACAGAAGCGAGCCGAACACUACCAAAGAUUUCCCGCAAGUGUGACAUCUGCAUGGAUCGACCGAAAGACGCGACCCUAGUUUGCGGUCACAGGUAUUGCUACCAGUGUGCGCUUCAGAUGCGGCUCGAUGAACGC